AUGCACAAUCCUCACCCAGUACCGUCGAAGGGGGGGAUGGACGUCUCGGAGCGGGCUGGAGACAAAGCAGAAGUUGGAAAGCCCGAGGGCGGCGAUGAGAAGCAGAGGAUCGCAAGGAGGGACUCGGCCGACGACGUCCCCGCGGGGAAGAAGCCGACGGCUGGUGCUCCAUCCCAUUACAGAGGGUCGCCAAAGCCGGGGGCCAACGUGCGUCGGAAGAGAGACAUCUGCGAGGAGCUGAGGGAACUGGUCAACCACGAUGACAGCGAUGAAGCCUUUGAGCGAUUCCGGGCCGACAAAGACUUCCAAGGCGCCUUCAAAACAGACAAGGAACGCAAGGCCUCCCGCUCGCAAACAAGCUGGCAGGUAUCCAAAGGCAAUAUCCUCCACCAGCUAGUGGCGGGAAGCCGGGAAUGGGAAUUAGACGACAUCUCAAAAGUACUGGCCCGCAUCUUCAAAAAGCCCAAGGGCGGCCGCGGGCUGAAGGUGCUUCUCGAAGACGAUCCGGGAGACGGCACGCCAGUGUUUCUGGCCCUCGCCGCCGGCACCAACUGCAACCCCCGCUUCAUCAGCGCCCUGCUGAAGCUGGAUCCGCUCCCCUCAAACCUGGGCAAGGUCCUCUGUAAGCCGUCUCGGCAUCACAAUGAACCCUACUGUCUGCAUGCCACGCUGCGUUCCACGACACGCAGCAACUUCGCCGACAUCAAGAAGAUCAUCGAGCUGAUGCGCCGCCACAAGCCAAAAGAAACGGGCACCAAGCCGGUCCUGCCCUUUGAGGACAAGAACCGGGAUGGAAACACGGCGCUUCACCUGGCCAUUAGGGCAGCCCCUGUUUUCAGGAGCACCCAUGGCUCGAAUGAUGCCAUUGAGCCGCAAUUCUUCGAUGUCAAGGAGGCGCUAGAGCUCAUCGAGAUACUAAUUGAAGCCCACCCCAAGACACUGGAGGUGAAGAGUCAAGUACCGGUAGACAAUCGGCCAUCGGCAGGGCGACGGUCCGUUGACCGGACUCCUUACCAAGAACGCAUCUUCCAGCUUACCGAGCAGUUCAAAAGGGACCGCGCAACCCAUUCUGACCCUGUUCCAGACGGCCAUCGGGAUGGACCCGAGUCUGGAAGAGCUAGCACGUUGAUCAAAAACAAGGCGCUGUCGGUGCGAGACUAUCUCUUCAUGGACGACUUCCGGCGGUAUGUCAUCAACGACCCGGUCGCUUCUUACAUCAGCUACUAUUGCAUCAAGCACCUCCCGAGAGAGUUGGUCAUGGCCUGCCUGUAUCGUCGGGGAGAAGAGCUCCUGACCGAGUUUGAUCUCCUGGGAUUCCCGCGCAAUAUGAUCAGCGAGACGUACCUCAGGAGCCUCGAGACUCACGUGCGAUUUGAGCAGACCCUCAAGUACGUGGCUUUGCCGCGGCUAGUCUAUGAGCCGCCGACGGCAGGCACGUCUCCGAACCAGGCUAUGAGUAGCGAUGCUCUGAGCCGCAAGAAGUCUUCCAACUUUGGCCGCAUCUUCCAGUGGCUGCACGACAGAAACGUUCGCAGGAUUGAGAGGGUGACGGUCGAGGAACAAGAAGCAUCCGACCAGGACUUGACCAUCAUCAAGUGCCUCAAAGACUUCAGGGUGGAAGUCUGGGAGUGGACAAAGAUGGACCUCUCAGCUGAGGUCAUUGCCAUGUCGUCUGUCGACGUGCGCGAGAUAAGACUGCACUCGUCCGGCAACCAAGCCGUCUUGAGAGGGUGGUGCGCUCCCGAGGGCUUCGCAAAUAAGACCAGAUUCCCCAAGCUUACUACCAUCUUUGUAUCAUUUUAUGAGGGCCAGGAAGACAGACAGACGCUGCAAGAGUAUGGCAUGGAACUGAAAAGCAGUCUAGAAACCCGCAAAUCGCAAUGGCCCGCGGAGAAAGCAUCCGCUCUACAGGCACUCGCCCAGCAAGCCAUUGAACUGGCAGAGACGGCGACGGCCACCCAGUACAGCAACGAGCAUCAGCAGCAUGCCGACAAAAUUUCCCAACUUAAAUCCAAGCUUGAAAAGCUCUUGAAGCGGGAGGCCACGGCGGAAACUUAUGACGCCCCAAACUCGUCUGACGGGACGGAUGGACUCACGGUAGAGUUUGACAUUAUCCCACGCGGCAUGGCAGGGAGCGCCUCGACGACGGAUAGACGCGCCGUUAAAUCGGGCGAAGGCGGCCGCAUCACUCGGACCAAGGAGUUGACCAGCUUCUUCCGCAACACGGUAGCCCGCAAGGACCCAAAGGCAGUCAAGAUUGCCGUGAUCGACGACGGCAUGGACUCGGCCCUGCACAUUGUCGACGGGAGCCACGCCAAGGUCUUUGCCGGCAACUCGUUCUGCACCUCCCUGUCGGAUUCGAUGAACGCCUACUACGUCCCGCAAGGCAGCCAUGGCACCCGGGUUGCCUCGGUGAUCUGCCAAAUAUGCCCCAAGGUGGACCUUUGCAUUGCCAGACUCGACGAGCAGAACCUACGGGGUGGCGAGAGAGUCAUCAACCCGCUCUCGGCUGCAAGAGCUAUCGAGUGGGUGAUCGAGUGCGGAGUCGACAUCAUAUGCAUGAGUUGGACCAUCGAAACCUCGGGCGAGGAUACCUUGGACCCCCUGAAAACAGCCAUUAAAGCCGCCAAAGACAAGGGCAUCAUCAUGUUCUGCUCGGCGAGCGACCAGGGCGGCAGUUCCCGCCUGGAUUGCUACCCAGGCGCCUUCAGCAACCAGGACGGCCAUCACUGCAUCCGCAUCGGCGAGAAGAUUCUCAUCAAAGACAGCGAUGGGACGUCAGAUCACCAGACAGGCAGUUCGUACGCCACCGCGGUGGCUGUCGGCCUGGCCGGCUUGCUGAUUUACUGCACAAUGGCCCUCGGCUCAGGCAUCCCGCCGUCCUCGCGCCAUCGGGCGGAGGACAACGACGACGGGGGAUACGAAGACGGCCAGGACGCCGCGACUAUUGGGGACGCCGACAGCCAGUACAACGACGGCAAUGGCGGAGAGGUGGAUUCCGACAGCGACGAGAGCGAAGUAAACGGCCAUGUCGGCGGAGCGGCCGCAGGAGAAAACGGUAAUGUCGGCGAGCCCCCCGCGCCGCCACCAACCGCAGCGGCGACCAGCACAAUUCCGGAAGAGUUCAACUGGGACCGACGUCUCAUGUACAGCAUGUUCAGGAACAUGGCGCACUCUGCCACCGGGGCGGCCGCGACAAAGCUGAUCAUGCCUGAAAAGUACAUCAUCGAGACGCUCAAAAAGUCUCUCAAGUGCCAGCAGAACCUCGGCAGACUCAAGUGGGAUGCUACGUUCCAGGCCGCGUUGGGGAAUCUCUUAAAGGAACUCAAGGUCAGUUCGUCCUUCCGGCUCCCCGCUUCUUGA